AUGUUGGUGCGAAACUCGGGCACACAACCAGGUGCUGUGAUUCCGCUUCGGAUAUCCUCGCUUUCUAAUGGCUCUACACAAUCUCCUUCACAAUGCAUCAACACGGACUUUGUCAUGUGGCCAGCCCCUGAUGGGUGGUACACUCCUGCCCGAGUUUCUUUGCACGAGGACGAGGAGCCCUUCCCAAAAUUCCAAGACCCAACCAAAUCUCUGAUAAUCGAACGAACUCUACUUCUGGACACCCUUCGCUCUCGCGCAACAUUCGUGUUACAUCAUGCAAGAGACCAUGAGCGGUUGAGGUUCGAAGCUCUCUUGUCCCGCGUCGCUCCGUCUGGUCAUAUAAAACAUGAUCAAGAUUUAUCGUAUAUCAGAGCAUCUAUUCCAGGAAUCCUCGCCUUGGGAGAGAGCUUCCGCGCGCAGAGAAGACUUGGCAACAAAGGCAAGUUGCCCGCAAGCAGAGGAUUCCAGACUAACCUUCAGUCGAGUAGCGGAGAAUUACAGCCGAAAGAUAUCUUGAAGGAGAAGAUGAAAGAGCGAAGCCGCAAAGGGAUACGGCAGGCCUUGAUCUAUGAAAAGGACUUUCGCAUGGGACUUCUCGACCAGCGGACCAAUGAAGGCGUGCACCAGCGAGGCCGAUCGAUCAAGCGCACCCAUCCUGGCGCAUUUGAUCGAGCUAAGGUGACCACUGCACUGGUAAUGCUCCGCCAGACUUUCCCGACCCGUUACGAGGCCAUUCCUCUUGAGCAACCCAAGACCAGUGUGAUCUCAGAGGACCAGAAGUCGAGUGGCAAGCUCAACGUGGAAAAGGUAGGUCAACAGGAGCUUUCUCGAGGUGAGAGAGCCGUUUCCGAUGCCAAUAACGCUGAAGGGCACUCAGGAUCUUGGAAGUCUACAGAUUCGUUUGAAUCGGUCAAGAAGAAAGCUUCCUCCGUCUUCCGAGGUUUGGUGAACAAAGUCAGCCGAGGACGGUUCUCGAAUGAGAAAAGUAAGGCAUCGGGCUCUUCGCCGCCCCAUGCACACACUGCCAGCCAGCACAAAGUCAGCGGUCACGUGGCUGAGCUCGACAGUUUCCCAGUUGCUCUGAAGAUAAAUGACACUGUUGCGGCAUCGAGCAAUUCGUCUGAACCUACCUGCGCGGAAGCUGAUUCGUCCACAGAAAGAAGAAAACCUCAAACCAAGGAGGUCGUCAACGAAGCAGGAAUAGUACGUAAGAGAGAAAAUCGUGUCUCCAGAAGAUCGGGGCAUCCGAAUGCAUCGACCGUGGCCAGAACACCGUCCGCUCAAAGAUCAUCUGCAAAGCCCUCGUCUACAGGAAUCACCGGUAACAAUGAAGCUCGAGCGACCACCGCCCGGUUGCACCGUCCAGCCCUCCGACCACGCAUGAUCUCAGUCAAGGCAAGGAACAGAAACACCUUACACAAGCGCCGGCGAUCACAAAACUUUGCGGCAAGUAAGGAUCAGGCGCCGCAAAAGGCGAGUGCGUUGAAUCUGAACCAAGCAUCGUCCCGUUGGCACGUCGAGGUGAAGGCUCCAAAUCGCCAAACUCUCCGCAAGAGCGAGGACAAAGUACUGAGAGUGAUGGAAAAGGUGGAUCAGAAGGUCUUUGGCGAGAAUAACACUCGUUGA